CUUAUUCUACGUGUAUUUGCCACUUGGUUUGACAUAUUCACGCAAUUCACUGAGCGAGCAAGCAUUAAUAAAUUUUCCAGUAAAGAAGGAAUUUGUUAAUCGACUAGUAAAAAGUCUGAACUGGAACAUUGCCAGCAACAAUUUAGCAGGAUUAGAAGUCGCUUUGCACUUUGGACAUAAGCAUUAAUUUUAAGAUAAGAGGACGUUGAAAGACAAGACGAUGUUGCGGACAACGGUUGGAGCGGUGUCCUUUCUGCUCGUGUCCUCCUGGGCGUGGAGCGGCGCCCACGGGAUGUACUCGUCCUCCUCCGACGUCGUCUCCCUCACCUCCACAAACUUUGACCGCCUCGUGAAACAGAGUGAUGCUGUGUGGGUCGUCGAAUUCUACGCCCCGUGGUGCGGACACUGCAAGUCUUUCGCAGCUGACUACUCCAAAGCUGCCACUGCGCUCAAGGGUGUUGUCAAAGUGGGUGGCGUUAACGGCGAUGAAGACAAAGGCCUUCUAUCUCAGUACAAUGUUGGAGGGUUUCCCACCAUCAAGAUUUUUUAUGGAAGCAAAGUGAUCGAUUACAAUGGUCCAAGAACGGCACGAGGGCUGGUUGAUGAGGCAUUAAAAGUGGUGAAAAAUAAGGUUGACGCUAGUUUGGGAGGCAAAUCUUCUUCCGGAAGCAGUGGUAGUGGUGGUAGUGAAGAUUCAUCCAAGGACGUCGUAGAGCUAACGGAUUCAAAUUUCCAAAAGAAGGUCUUGGACUCUGAUGAACCAUGGUUGGUUGAGUUUUUCGCCCCUUGGUGCGGACAUUGUCAACGGUUAGCACCAGAAUGGGCCAAGGCUGCGACCGAACUGAAAGGGAAAGUGAAACUUGGAGCAGUUGAUGCUACCGUUCACACUUCACUCGCCUCACAAUAUGACAUCAAGGGGUAUCCUACCAUAAAAUUCUUCCCUGCUGGGAAAAAGUCCAGCUCGGAUGCAGAAAACUACGAGGGAGGUCGUACUGCGAGUGAUAUUAUCGCUUGGGGUACCGAUAAAGCAGCUGAGAGCGCUCCCCCACCAGAACUGCUUCAAGUCGUCGGAGAGACUCAACUUUCCAAAGGAUGUAACGAUCAUUCUCUUUGUGUCGUUUCUGUUCUCCCACAUAUCCUUGAUUGUGAUGCAAAAUGCAGAAAUGCCUACUUGGAUGUCUUGAAAAAGGCUGGGGAGAAAUUCAAGCGACACAAUUGGGGCUGGCUUUGGUCUCAAGCUGGUGAUCAUUUGAACUUGGAAGAGGCAUUGGACAUUGGAGGUUUCGGCUACCCUGCAAUGGCCAUUGUAAAUGUCAAGAAAGGUAAAUACUCACUAUUUCGUGGAUCAUUUUCCAAUGACGGGGUUGGAGAAUUUCUCAGAGAUCUUUCAUACGGACGAGGAUCUACAGCACCACUAAAGGGUGCAGCGUUACCAAAAAUAUCCAAAGUCGAUCCCUGGGAUGGGAAAGAUGGCCAACCACCUGUCGAAGAAGACAUUUCUUUCGAUGAUAAAGACGAGCUGUAAAAAUACCUAAUAAGCGUGAUAGUCUGAACAUUUUUUUUCAUGAAGUAUGUUGUUAUUUAUUUGAUCCGACUGUUUUAAAUCAUUAUAUUUAUGUCUAAAAUUAUCAUUAUUCAAAUUGUGUUGAUGUACAAUGUAGCUUAAUUUUUGACAAUUUGCAUUUUUGAGGAUUCAGUUUAACCAGCCGUCUUGUCUUAUAGGAAAAAUAGCAUUGCCUUCAUACUUCUGUACUUUUAUAGAUCAAAUUCACUAGUUGAUUAUAUCCUUGAUGAUCCAGGCACAGUACAUACGUUCAAUGAAAUAUAUUGUACUUUUACAAUCUGUUCAAUAAUACGUUUCAUAUGG